UGCUUGGAGUAACCAGGGGCCACCAGGGCCCCCCCUGACUCAAAUAGGGCAGUCUGUGCCUUUUAGGUGACGGGGGACUGUGUAACAUGAGCCGGGCUGAAAACUGCGCGCUGGAUCCGGCUGCCGGUGCAGAUGCUGUUCGCCAAAGAGAGAGAGAGGAGGCGCAUAAUGGAUCCCGUCCAACUGCUGCUCAUCAUACUCACAUCUUUGCCAUUUUGUUCAGCUGUCUACACCGGGCCCCUCCAACCGGAGAUCUCCAAUGGCACUUUUCAUCACUUCUUCGUGCCGGACGGGGAUUACGAUGAGACUGAAGACCCGGAGGAGUGCCAGAUGCUGUUUAAAUUCUCGGAUGUGUAUCCAUGUGGGGCCUAUGAAGAGAGGGACUCUGUAGUGCGGGACGACUUCAUCAUCAGCAAGCUCCAGGCGGAGGACGCGGCGCGGUUGCUGGAGGGCAUCGGCCGGACUGUGGCGCACGACCUGGACGGAGAAGACAGCUACGGAAAGUUCCUUCAGCGGGAGAUCUCCCAGAUCGGCGAGGCCUUUUCAAGCGUGGACAAGUCUCUGGUGGAGCUGGAGGUGAAGUUUAAACAAAGUCAGGAGACGGAGCUGAGAGAGGAGCAACAGCUGAACGGCUACGUGAUGAAGCAAGUGGGUGAUAUCAGGGACGCGCUGAGGGGGACCAUGGACAUCUCUGCAGGACUUAAAGAUAAACAGGAGCUGCUGUCUCUCAUCAUCCGCAGUCAUGGCACCAGACUGAGCCGCCUGAAGACAGAGUAUCUUCAUGUUGGUUCAUAGUGGGGUUAUUGUGUGUGAGAGUGUGUGUGUGUGUGUGUGAGAGAGAGAGAGAGAGAGAGAGUGAGACCCUCCAGUGCAACUUUCAUUGUGACUUAUAAAUAUCCUUCCUAAGUAUCUUGAAUGUCUCUGACCUUUGGUUAUCCCCAUUCCUUGGACUUCUGUCAUUAAAUUGACCUCUAACAAAAACAUCUGACACAUUCCUCUGAGUUGGGAGUGGAAAAAGGAAAUGUGGACAUAAAUUAUGUCUGCACAAUCACUCUGUGCCACCUCAUCUAGAGAGAGGAGAAUGUGAAAAUAAAAGCUCUCCAAGUGGAUUUAUCAAUGUUUUUAAAUCAAUUUAAUGUCUACAUUUUUUAUGUAUGCUUUAAAUUAUGUCGUUCAUACAAUUUUAGGUUAUUAUGGAUCAAAUAAAUGCUUAAUAUUCUUCACAUAUCUUGUUGUUGUUUUUUGUUGUAAUACAACACACGUUGCAUUUCUACAGCUUACCUUACUGGUUUGCCCUGAGACAUAUACACUGCCAUACAGUGUUGUAUUACACAAAAACAUCUCCAUCCUUUGAAGCUUGAGGUUACCAUAAACAGUAUAAACCUUUGAAAUCUGAACGUUUGAUUUUUCUACUCUGUCGUGUCUUUACGUCACCAUGUUUGUUGUUGCCACUACAAGUGGCAGACUUGACAUGUCCCGUCAAGUGGCCCUGGUUAAUUGGCGUCUGAAGUCUGUCACUGCCUCCCACUUACAUCUGGAAGCUAUCUACGCAAGUAUGAAAUAUGUUUGGCUGAAGGCGAAGUCACUUUCGUCAUUAUCUGCUCCUUUGUCCGUCACGACCUAUAAAAUUUUCAGCUGAUAUGUUUAUUGUGUCCAAAAGUUGUUGAUGAGUUGUUUUGGGAUGUCAUUUCACUAGAAAUAGACAAACAGCGUCACUUUUUACUGCUGUGUCAAAAUAAAACAUCA